GUGAGAUAAUUGGUUUGAAGUUUGAAUUAUCAAAUGAUUUUUAUUAUGUGUAAUUUUAAACUAACUUUACAUUAAAAAAAAAGAAAAAUUUAAAUCCAAACACAAUAAAAUAAAACAAAAUUUAUUGACUACUAAAAUAAUACACCACUUGCUAAAUUAAAACAAAAAUCUUCCAAUAUUAAUUUCCUUACAAAGUAAGAAAUAAGAAUAUUUAGCUAGCACAGUCAAUCACUUUAACCAUCACUUUCACUUUUUUUUACUUUUGCUUUUCUUAACUCCCACUCUUUUUCUCUGUCCCAUAAAAAUGAUAUACAGCUAGCCAAUUGCAUGUAAACAUAACUCUAUAGCAUGACCACGUAUCAUUAUAUAUCUAUAUAGACAAACUAUAUAUAAACCCAUACGCGCACCCAGUAGCUAGAUAAUUGCAAUGCGCCUGCGUACAAAUCAAUAGUGUGUAUAUUUCCCUCUCUCUCUCUCUCUCUCAACAGCGCUGCGAUCAUUCCCAGCAGCUGCAGGCUUGUGGCGUACGUGUGCUUUGAGAAUUUAAGUGCAGAUCGAUCGAGCAAUAACUGCUGCGCGAGCUGAGAUAAAAGAAAGAUGUUGAAGAAGAAAGUAUGUGCAGCAUUAGUGAAGCAGAUAAUAGGUGCGGUAAGCUCAUUGGGCAAGGGUAGAACCCUAGAGGCUCUCAAGAGAAAAACCAGGGCCAUGAAGGCUCGAAUCAUCAUAUUCUCGUUGCUGAGCAACAACAAGUUGGUGAUGAUCACCUCCAUCCCUCACAAGAUCCACGCUUUGUUUGGCCACUCUGACGACUCUAAUCAUCAGCAGCUGGAAGAAGAAGAUGAUGACGAUGAUGGUAUUAAUCAAGAUCAUCAGUACCAGAAUAGCAGCAGUAUUAUUAAUAAUGAUCAUAGUAUAAUAUUAAUGUCGUCCCAUGAAUCCCAGUCCCACCUGCAGCAGCCGCGGCCGGUUCAUCAUAAUAAUAUUAUUAGUACUCCAACUGAUCAUCAUAAUCACGAUUACAUUACUACGUCGGAGGACCACGUCGUUGUCAAUGAUGCAGAAAAGUACCCAGAUCUGACCCACUCGCUGUUCGACUCGGACGAUGAUCAGCUUGGAUCUGUGAUAGAUAUUGUCAAGAACUCAAAGCAAGAGGCCGGCCAGGAAUUCAGUCUCGAAGAAGAAAUAGACCACGUGGCAGACUUGUUCAUAAGGAGGUUCCACCGCCAAAUGAGAAUUCAGAAGCAGCACUCCUUCAAGAGGCACCAGCAGCAGCAGUAGGAGCUGAUCCGCACUGUUGCCUGAUCGACCUACCUACCACGCGCGCGCUUACCUGGCUUCUAUAGGCACCUAGCUAUUGCUUCGUUUUUAGCUAGCUAGGUGCUAAUACUAUGGACGGAGAGUAAAUUGUUUUGCUAUUUUAGGGAGGAAAGAAAGUGUUUAGAUGUAAAAAUCUUUGCUAGCUAUGUAAAAGAAAGUUAGAAACUCAUGAAAUUAACCUUGAAAGUUUGCAUGA